GUCGGAACUCUCAAGCUCCUCAAAGGCCAUCCACCUUCAACUCCUUUGCGCCGGGCCAAAGACAGAGGUCGUGCACCCUUCAACAUCCCCUGACACCAUUUUGCUAGAGAUGCGAAUAGAAACAUAACUGCCAUCUUUGGCCAUCUUACAAGCCAUCAUCCCUGCUCUGCUGCUCCAUUUAUGGCAUAAAUCUGCCCGCACGCGACUCGACUGUCCCGCGUAGCACUGCCAGGGAUCUCUUUCCUCUGAUAUCGGGUUUCAAGACCGCUUCCAAUUCUUCAUGCCGUCUUGACUUGACUACAGCGCACCAGCAUCGUCGAAACCAUGUCCUCCACCGGCCCCUCCAGAUCCCCGGCUGCUCGCCCGAGCACAAUACGGGCGCCGUCGUUUACUCGGCAGAGCGAAGACAGCGAUCCUCUCCGCGUACCGAAGCGAGCUCAAACAUUCCACAACGGGACGACAACCGAUCCUUUGGCCGCCGCGCCGGCCGCCCCUGGGAAGCCGACCCUAGCGAAUGAGCCCGAGGCUCCAGACGCAUUCGAGACCGCCGGUAGGCCCUCGACAGAUAACGAUGAUGGGUUCGAUGGCAGAGGCUCCGUGGACCUCGGCGAGCUCCCGAUCGAGCUGGUGAGCCUGACGGAUAGCUUCGUCGAAUCUUUGACCACCAAAACCUAUCCGACGCCGUUGACCUUGGACAAGGUUUCCGAGCUUUUCCAAGACUUUUACCAGGUCGCAUCCACUCACGUCAACACGCACGUCUCGAGCCUGAUCUCCCGGCACAAUCGGGAUGCGUCCCCUGCGCCGUCCGCGUCAUCCAAGGUCUCCACAGCUAGCAGGCUCCGGGCCAAGGCGGCUUCUCUCGGGAACAAGGAUAAACCCAAAGUCCUCCCCAAGCCCGAGCCGGAGCAGCAGAUGAUCACCGCGGAGGAGCUGGCCAACAAGAAGAAGGCGCGCAAGGCCAUUGAGGCGAAGCGGGGAAUCAUUGAGGAGGCCGUCGAGAGACGGCUAUGCGAGGGCAUCUACCACAAGAUCUACCGCCACAAGAGCACGCAGGAUGAAGCGCAGGACUCCAAGCUACGGUCCAAGACUGCGGCCCUCGCAUUGGUUGGGAUCGGCCCGGCCGACCUUGGUAUCGACCUCGGCGAGGAUGCAUCGCAGACCCCGGAGGCGGCGGCCGAAAAAGCGGAGGAGAUCAGGAAGUCGCUCGAGCAAGCAAGGAAAGACCUGAUUCUCAUGAACGAGAAGCGCUAUCCGCUCGGCAAGGUGCACCACCUGAAGGCGGCCCACAAGAGCAUCGUCGAGACUCUGGCGCAGUUUCACCCCUCGGCAUCUGCGGAUGAGAUCAUGCCCAUGCUCAUCUUUACCCUCAUCACGCUGCCGCCCGAGCAUCUCAACGUCAUCAGCGACCUGCACUUCAUUCAGCACUUUAGAUGGGAGCCGAAACUGACGGGCGAGGCUGCGUACUGCCUAACAAACCUCGAGGCGGCCAUCAGCUUCUUGGAGACGGUGGAUCUUUCUACGCUACGAGCCGACGAGCUGCCCCAGGGCCCCGCCAGGGACCCGAGCCAACCGGGCACGCCUCGGGCUGACACCUUUCCUCCGGCCUUCCCGCCCGGGUUGACGGUGACGGCGGAUUCCACGGUGGAGACCGACCCGGACAAUGCCACCUCCACGAGGCCUCUGCCGUCGUCUUCGGCAUCGUCUGGGCUCCGUGCUGCAGUUCAGGCUCGGAAUAGAAGACUGAGCGAGCUGGUCAACACGCCUGCCCAGGCCAUUGGCGCCGCCAGCGACGCCGUGCUCAACACGGCCGACCAGCAUCUGAAGACCAUCUCGACGAGCUUGGGCGACAGUUACAAGUUUUUGGUCGGCAAGUUGCGCGAGACCCAGGGCACACCGACUGAAUCGGGCCAGGGCCUUGUCGUACCCAAGACGCUCGACGACGCCAGGAAGCUGAUGAGCACGCCGCCGCCCGACGAAGAAGGAUCCGUUAGCGGAGCCAGCUCUGUCCACGGCACGGAGGAGGCCGAGUCUACCCGCCGCCCACCCGUCCGCGAAGACAAGGUCUUGAACCUCAUCGGCGGACGAAAGCCGAGCAGGGACCACAGCGCAGACAGCUCCCGGAGCGUGAACAGCUCCAAGAAGGUGCUCUUUGCGAAGGAAGGGGAGAAGGACCUGGCGACGCCGUCUGUUGCGCCCGUCACUAACCCUCUCGACUCUGUGCGGAACUUUGGGAACUCGUUCUCCAGGUUCUCUGGAAUGAACAUGAUUCGCGGUCUGAGCCGGACCGCAUCCACGCCGAUUCCUGCCAAGGAGGCGCCGAAGGAUGUUCCGCGGGAGGGAGCAUCAAAGGAUGUCGCAGCCAAGGUGGCCGACGGCGGUGAUCUGGCAAGUGCUUUCCCCGACAUCGCCGCUGCUCUGCCACCCAAGCAGACACCCAAGGUCAACCCGCCAAACAAGCGGUUCAUGGAGUUGCAGAACCCCGGCGACCUUAAGUUGGGCGAGGUUCUGGACCUUUUGCGCGACUACAGGCGGCUGGCCAACGCACUAAAGGACAUGGGGGCGUUUGAUGGGCCCAAGUGAAGUUUGGGGGAUAGACAGUUGGGAUCGGGGAGGUUAGAGAUACGGCUAAGGCAAGCUUGAUGCACUCAUUUAUUGGACUCUUUCUGGCGGACAUGGACAAGCAUACUGGACAUUGGCGUUUUUGAUAGUUGAACUGCGGCUUUCUCGCAGUGAACAUCGGCCUGCCCUGGAUGGGCCAAGACACGUAACGCAGACGCGAACUCGGGAGGAGAAGAAGAGGGCAGAAACAGGCACAGAUGGGCACAGACAGGCACAGACAGGCACACUGGACAGUUACAAGGGGAAAAUUCUGUGUUGGGUUAUUAGGUAAGGUUUUUUCUACAGAAACAAAUGUCGAA